UCUGCCUUGGGGGAGGUCAGGUCUGGAGACAUGACGUCAACCGUCUUUGCUUCUGCUAGAAGUGGCGGGAGCGGGAAAAGUUGCGAGCCGACCCGACAGUUCAACAUCUCUGAACAACUUCUUUAUGCUUCUGUAAGCAUUUGUUUGAGAAAGGAGAAGGUUUAAAUUUUAGAUUACUCGUUUGAUCCGCUUGGACGUCAAAAUCGUAUAAGAUAAAAUUUCCACUAUGGAUUCAACUAUGUCUGUAUCAAAAGGGUGUUUUGCUUUCAAAAGAAAAAAGAAAAAUCAAGGACCUUCUUCUGCUCGAUUUUCUGGACAAUUAUGGUAUAAAGCAUACAGGAAAAGUUUGGCAUCCUGUGAAGAAUUGUUAAGUAUUUUGGAAAAUCAAAUUUUUGAUGAGGUUUUUGGAGGUUUAAUUGAUUAUAUUAAUGCUUGCACCUCCGUCAAAAUUCAUUAUGAAAUACCAGCUGCAACUCUUCUCACUGGUGUCAACAUGCCUGAUCACUCUUCACUUUUCGCAACUCUCUCCAAGAAAAUAGUUUGUGACUGCUCGCCACAUGUAGCUACUCUGUGGUCCAGAGACUGCUCUUCUCUCAAAGCUUCUGUGGAGAGGAUGUGCUCACAAUUUAUGCUAGUUCCCUCCAGUGAGGAGGCUGAUGAUCCUUCUUGUGAUGAUGAAGAAGAUGGAGGACCAGAUUCACAAGAUAAGAAAAAAAUUCAGCGAUGGAAUUGCAAUUUGAAAUACCUUGUGUCUUGGUACUCAAAUUUCCAAGUCCAUACUUCCCCUAAAAAGAAAAAGAAGGGUAACAAAGCAGCUCCAAAAUCUGGAGGUGAUGCCAAACCACUUAUUGUUAUUUUACCAGAUUUUGAAAGUUUUUCACCGAGAGUGCUACAAGAAUUUAUUCUGCUUCUAAAGGGUUAUCAGCCAAAACUGCCAUUUGUACUCGUUUUGGGUGUGGCAACAGCUGUGUCUGCAGUUCAUAGAUCACUUCCUUACCAUGUGUCAUCUUCCCUCCGAAUGAAAGUGUUCCACUCUCAACCCUCCCUUGCCUAUUUAAAUGAAGUCUUAGAAAAAGUUUUAUUUUUGCCUAAUAGACCAUUUCACUUAGGAGGAAAAACUUUUAAGCUUCUGAUGGAUGUAUUUUUGUUUCAUGAUUUUUCUGUGAUGGGAUUCAUUCAAGGAUACAAGUAUUGUAUGUCUCAGCACUUUUUUGAUAAAGAUUGGACUGCUCUUAGUUGUUUGCCAGAGGAAUUACCCACUGCUGCAAAGCAGCUCACAAAAAGUGACAUUGAAUCUAUUCGUAAACUGCCAUCUGUGCGUAAACACAUUGAAUCGCUCAGUUCCAGAGCAGAUCAAAUAGCAUGGUUAAAAGAUGAUAAUUAUGUCAAGGAGGAAACAGUUAAAUUGCUGGAGGAACUUCACAAGUACAUCGCGGAAUUUUUUGCGUCCUUAAAAUGUCUCAAUCUCAUGACUGCUGACCUUCCUGGAGCUCCUCUUGAAAAACAUUUGAGAUCUGUGUAUGUUUUGGCAUCGACCUGUGAUAUUGUAAAAAGCCAAGAGCUAAAGGACAGCAUGAAAUUGCUUUCCUUAUUAUCUAGUGAUGAAUUGGAGAUAAAAUUAAAUGCGAUGCUCUGUAUCCUUAAUGAGGCAGUGGAAAAUGGAGCAGAGAGACUGAAAGAUGUUACCAAUAAAAUUGAUGGAUUCCUUCCAAGAUUCAAGACAUUGUGGUUGCCAUCAUCACCUUCUAAGUCUUUAAGGAGCCCAUGCAAACGUCCUGCAAAAGGUGUCAAAAGUCCACUGCAAAGUCCCAGUAAAAUCUUAACCAAUAUUAAUAGCAGGUCUCAGUUUAGAGAGAAACUCAAAGAAAUGAAAGAUGUAUCAUCCUAUCUGUCUCCUUUUGAGAAGCUGCGGAACGAGGUGCUUGCAUGUUUGCUAGAGAAUUUAUUCACAGCAUUCCUUGCCCCACCUCAAACAAAACCACUGCAUGAAUUGCUUUUCUUUGAUGACAUACCUGCUGUGAAGUCAUACAUUGUUGGGUCUCAAAGACAGGCCAUGCUGAGAGGCUUGAAAGAUCCUCAUUUCUAUUUAGAUUGUGCAUGCUGCAAAUUGUCAGAUCUUGGUGACAUUCUUCCAAGUUUACCUGAUGUCAGUAUAGUAUACAAGCUUCAUUUAGAAAGUGGAAAACUCAUCAAUAUGUUCGACUGGAUGCAGUCAUUCCUCACCAUAACAAAUCCAUCCACUAGUUUUGAAGAACAAACUGAAGUAGACCCUAAGCUACA